AUGGCGCAUCCCUACUCUACGACCCCGUUCUAUGCGGGCACGCCAUCAUACGCACCGCAACAACCAUAUUAUUCUUCCUUUCCUAAUACACUGCAGCAGUCGAUUCAUACCCCUCCAGGUAUACCGCAGCAGCCUUCACAACCUCCUCCCUCUUACCAGCCGUCGCCCCCCUCAAAUGGGGCAAGAUUCGACGCGAACCCGCAAGUUCGUCCACCGGCGCCUCCGUUUCCCCAAUUUCCUCCCACUACCACAGCGUUGACUGCCGAUUUCUUCAAGCAGUUUGCAGGCGCUGGUCUCCCGGCCGGUCUACCGCCUCCCCCCCUUCCUUCAUUUCCUCCAAUGCCUUUGCCCAACACCGGCUACCCGCAGUUCCCCGUUACGGUAAAUGCUCCUGGUCCUUCGCCCUUCCCUCAACAUAUCGCACCCGGCACUCAGUCUGUGAGCGCAGGAUUUAAUAUGAAUGAUCAAGUGCGUCAUGAUUUAUCGGACUCCUUUUUGGCUUCACAAUCUGGCUCGAGAGGCGGAGGUGAUUCGCAGGCUUCCACCAAACCUGAACCCCAACCAUAUGGUACAUCCCACGCAGGUCAGGGGGGAACUUCUCACACCGCUCAUGCUGCUGCCAGAAGUAUAGAUCUUGACCAGGAUCAGUCGCUUCCAUCCUUUGGGUCGAGAUCCGAUAUUGACUUGCUAUUCGCCAAUGCCCAGAAGGAGGCCAUGCAACGAGCAAAUGAGCUCACGACAGGGACCACGAAAGAGGAUCUAAGUGUUGAUAUAACUACGUAUCAAACUGCAGGCGGGGAUGGAAACGCCUCGCCAUAUGAUCCGUCCCGACCUGCACCAAUUCAUGACUCAACAUCUGGCUCCUUGGGCCUGUCGAGUGAUUCGUCCAAAGCUCAGACUUUGAAACCAUUUGAGAGGAACUAUGACAACAAAUCCCUUACUGAACUCAGGCAGCUGGCAAAAGGCGCCCUUUUAUCCCUUGUCCCUCACAAAAUUCUUUACGCCGAUCUUUUGAAAGAGGGUGUGAAUCCCCAAAUUUUACAAGAGCUCUAUGGCGAACUUGGUCUCAAAACCGAAUCCGAUCAAACAAAACAACCCGAAGGGACUGACUCGCGAGCAUUUCCUCAGAACGACAAUUCUUCAGUACCCUUACAAGAGGCGGACUUGGGGACACACGAACCUCAGACCAGCGCUCAAGAAUACUCGCCCAAAUCGCACGCCCAGUCUCUUCAGGUUCCCUCCACUGGCAGCAUUUCGGGUACAGUGAAUUAUCAGAACGAAACUGUGCCUUCUCCGGCGAUUUUAGACCUGAGAAAGCAGCAAUCCGCACCAAGUCCCAGUCUCGAACGGAAGGAUCGCAUUGCUCAACUGCUAGCUGCCAAAACAGGACGUCCGUCUGCGGCGACACCGCCAACAGCCUCGCCAUCCCAAAAAGAAGAACCCGUUUUGAUUGCAUCAACCAUGAAACCUGUCGAAUCGACUCUCACUGCGUCGGCGUCAUACUCUCCACCCGGGAUUCAGCAACCUUCAUAUACCACUCAACAAUCCCAGAAUAGCCUCACCAAUACGGCUCAAUCAGAGUUGGUGAGGCAAAGAAUGGAACAGUUGAGGCGGGAGACAUUAGUGAAGGCCGAAUCAAAACCAGAGGAAGCGAUCCCGUCAGAUGCGACUAGUUGCUAUACCCAAAGCACGUCUGAUGCACCGAAAGUCUCUUCUCAACCAGGAAACGCCUUCUCUUCAUCGAUAGACUCAGCACAAAGCCAGCCUGCACUUCCCUCCAUGAUUCCUGGGCUGUUUAUGACAUCGACAGGGCCUUCUGGUUUCGACGAGGAAUCAGAACGUGCGCCUGAAGCUACGGGGGACAUGACUGGCGCGUCAGAAAAUGAGCACAUUAAUCACGAUGCAUAUACUCCAUCGAAGCCUAAUAUCACCCUGUCUUCCACAGCGUUGAUGAAACGCCCGUUAACUUUUGACUCCGCAGCGUCGGAUGUGGAACCGGCCUCCAAAAGACCAAAUAUUCAACAACAACAACAACAACCGUUCCCGAAUUUGACUUCCUUCACUCAGCCAGUUGUUGCAGACGAUGAUCAAUCCGAGGGUGAGAUUGUUGAGGAACCGGAAAGUGACGUUAUGGCGAUGGGGUCGGAAUCAGAGUCCAUUCAAGAAGGUUAUGAACCUUCUCGUGGACGUUCCGCGCCAGAAACCUCUCUUGUCCAAAACCAAACGUCUUUCAACGAAUCUCUGACGGCUCCGCCACCGGCAACCGAAUCGGGAAGUGAAGACUUAUACCGGGCUAAACAGACAAAAAUUGAAGAACUGCGUCGGAAAAUUGCCGAAAUGGAACAACGCACCAAGUUAAAGCGCACUAGAAGUCAAGUUGAAUCUCCAGCAUCCUCAAACCCUCCAACGCCCGCAAUCACAAGAGAGGAGCAACCGUUGAGCAGUUCGCCAGUUCAACGGUUCUCUGGUCAAGGCGGUUCAAAUAUAUCGUCCAAUCCACUUCAGAGGCAACCUAUAGGCCCUCGGAACAUCUCCAAGUUGACUCCAGCGCAACUGGCAGAACGAGCGGCGUCUUUGAAAGCCGACCUUUUGAAACAACGUGCACAGCGACAACAAGUAUUACAAGAAGGUUUGCCAGACCUAAACGCAGAAGUGCAGAAGACAGAGUCUCGACUUAAUGAAGCACGAAGCAGACUUGCUCAGGCCAGAACAGAGGUCGAGAAUUACCAGGCAGGAUUAGAACGAUCAAUCAAGACGGAGAACGAACUGGCAGCCGAGGUUGCUCGACUCGAGAAGCAACUGCAAGAGGAUCGUUCGGGCCAGAAACAAUACUCCGAUGAGCUCCAACAGAUCAAACUUGAAAAGUUAGCGGAAGACCAAGAAUCUCGUGCGCGGGAACUUUCUCAGACAGUGCCGCAGCCAUCAGCUCUGACGAGUAACAUGCCAGACUCAUCUUCUGCGGUGGACAACUUUCAACCUUCAGGCCACACUGGAGAUGUUUCCUUGGAUUCAGCCAGCAAACCUCCUUCGUUAAGUGCUGUCGCCUUGGAUUCUACUAUUCCUGUUGGAUCCACCGCUGGAGCCGAGGUUCCUGUCAGCUUAAAUGGUCAAGUUCAUGAAAGCGCGUCGCCUAAUUCGUUUACAUCGGCACUUCGAUCACAGGACCAAGUAGAACGAGAGGAAGAAUUUGAAUUCCCCCCUCGGACUGACUCACUGCAGGCAGACGAAAUGGAAAUCUCGCCUGAGCCGGAAUAUGAACCAGCACAAGGUACCACUUUACCGACGACCAUAGAUUCCAGACGCCAAUCUAAUGACUCUUCCAUGGAUAUGGACAAUGACAGCGAUGGAAGUGCCAGUAUGUCAGAUAGCGGUGAGGAAGGUGAGGUGGAAGAGGACGACUACAAGCCGACUGAUGCGGAUAUCUCUCAGCCUAUGCAGGAGUCGGACGAUGAUUCUGAUGAAUAUGAUCCCGAAGAAGCCCCGGUACAGGACCUAACACCAAACACCGGACUCGAAGACGAAGAUCAAGAUUUUUAUGAGCCUGCAGAAAAUGUAGAUGCGAUCAAGACACCCCCGGUGGAUGGACUCGCCAACGAAUAUGUGGAAGAAAUCCCAGCUGUGCCUGCCGCGUCAGCCGACACCAGACCAGACGACAUUGAAUCCGGUGCUGAACCUGAUACGUCGACGAAAGCCCAGGAUGCACCAAAUGACGAAAAUGCAGAAAACAGGCCCUUUCUUGACGGCACUUCACCACCUCCAACCCAUUAUAUCCCAUACAAGACACCGCUCAGUGCCUUUAAGACCUACCGAUUCCACCCCGAAUUCCACGACAAAGUGAAGAGUGGCUAUCGAUCAUUGACAUACAGCAACAACAUUGACCCCUCUCGCACUCUUUGCCCAACAGAACUAUCCGGCGAAACCUGCAAUGACCCAACAUGUGAAGAACAACAUUUCAGCCAAAUGGGUCUUCCUGAUGAUAAGAUUCUCAUCCAGAUGAGUUCGGCCAGCGAUAUCCAAGAUAAAGAGGCGAGGGAUCAGUUCCUGGUGGGUUUGAAGCAGGUCAUUGCAGACUUGAGGGCGAGAGAAGUCAAGGAAUUCGAAAGCGUGGCGGACGCUCUUUCGGCGUACAGGAGGAAGUUCUUUGCUGAGAAGGAAGAGGAUUCAUGA